UAACAAUCGCAAAGCAGCAUGGGAUCUUCCUCUUCGAUCUCUUCAAAUCUGCAAUCAGUCUGAUUACAGAUAUGGCGCCACGAAAGGGUCAAAAAACUCAAAAGCAAGAAGAGAAUAUCUCUCUUGGACCUCAGGUUGGUGAAGGCGAACUUGUGUUUGGUGUUGCGCACAUUUUUGCUUCGUUCAACGAUACAUUUGUUCAUGUGACUGACCUAUCAGGAAGGGAGACCGUGUCCCGUGUUACCGGUGGAAUGAAAGUCAAAGCUGACAGAGAUGAGGCUUCUCCCUAUGCUGCUAUGUUGGCUGCACAAGAUGUUGCUGCCAGGUGCAAGGAGAUUGGUAUCACUGCCCUUCACAUCAAGCUAAGAGCUACCGGUGGCAACAAGACCAAAACUCCAGGACCAGGGGCCCAGUCUGCACUUCGCGCUCUUGCUCGAUCUGGAAUGAAGAUUGGACGUAUUGAGGAUGUSACACCCAUUCCCUCAGACAGCACCAGAAGAAAGGGAGGCAGACGUGGUAGACGUCUGUAGAAACUGUAAAAUCUACAAAUAAAGCAURAAUUCCAUCUGAAAA